AUGGAAGCGGACCUUAUUGCAGCCAAGUUCGAAAUGGACGAGCUUUACUCCAAAAUUACGUCGUCCAUGCCUCCUCCAAGCUCCUCGGGCAACGCUACCUGCGAUCCCCGUGUCACUGAAGCCGGCAAGCCCAACCUGGGCAGACGGCUCGCCGUCCGUCUUCUUGUCGGUGGCGACGUCGAAUCCAAUCCCAAAACCCUCGCCGCCGCAGCCGCCGUAAAUGCCGCCGCAAAAGGCAAGGCGCUAGCUCCCGAUAUCGACAUACUCGCCAAUGUCAAGCGCGUUACUAGACCUCCCGUUGGUAGCUCCCGCCUAUCUUCGGUCACGUGCGCGCCGGCACCCGCGGAUCAUUCACCCGGGGAGUCCUCCGCAGGUCCCAGCAAGCCUGCAUCCGCGGCGGAAGUUGCGCAAGGCUCGCGGAGCAACAGGUCUGCGCAACACGCUGUUGUCGCGCGGAAGCCGCGCGCCGCCAGGCCUUCCGCGAGCAGCAUUUUCCGCGCCUCCAGCGUCUUGUGCGAACGACAAGCAGCCAUUGCCAUAUCCCUGGAACCCACCAGCAGCAUCGACAGCAACAGCAGCACCGCGUGCGAAAAGCCGUCGCAGGACGACCCGAUGGACGAAUUUUUCGCGAUAAUGGAGCAAUUCGUGGAGGAGCCUGUUGAAAUGGAGUAUCUCCGAGCCGCGGAGGCCGCCAGGCGGAACCGGAAGGGCCCGAGCGACGCAACCGGCGCAAGCGGCGCAAAGGGUGGCAAGCCGCAGGUCACUCGCCAAAAGUCACAAAGUAAAGAGUUCGCUCGCCAGCCUUCCUUUCAGGAAUCGCCCGUCGCCGCCUCACCCGCGCAAGCCCCUGUCACGCAGAGUCGCCAUCAUCAACGCCAGAAGAGCUUCGCUGGUGUUUUCCCAAAUACCUUCAACGAUCAGACAACAAGCGCUACCGGCCACGGUACUGGUUCGAUUCACUCGGGCUCGUUCGAGUUGAACCCUGCGUUACAGUCACAUCACCGCUCGGCGUCAAUCUCGCAGAAUCAUCACCACGCGCGCCGGCCCAGCCGCGUAGGAGACAUGCUCGAAUCGUCCCCCUCCGUAUCCAUGCGCGAAACCUCGGUAGCGGCAACACCCAGUGGUAACCGCCGGUUGUCGCACCCUUCAGUGCCUCGCGAAAGCUCCCGUUCGUUCUGCGACCGGGUCACCCAAGUGGAGCCGGCCGACGAAGCGCGGCUGGCGGGAGCGAAUGGAGCUGCUGCGGGUAUUGCGGCUUCGGCGAGUGCCAGCAUCGGCCGCUCCGCAGCAGUUUCUUUCGCGCGUUCAAAUUCGUUUUCCAUGGCCGCCCGUGACGUUUCCUCUACUUCGCGGGACCCACGGGAACAGCAGGAGCAGCGCGAGCAACAAAGGGAGACCGAAGUUUUCGAGGCGUCGCAGCAGCGGGAGCUCGAGUCGCUCAUCGACGCGCUCAAGGCGGAGAUUUGCGCCAAGGACCAGCUUCUGGGAGCGUCGGAAGGCGAGCGGAAAUUGUUGGAGGAGGAGCUUCGCAGCGCGUGGGAUCACGUGGCGGAUUUGGAGCGCCAGCUGGAGGGCAUGCAGGCAGCAGGCGCAGCGAUGGAGCGGGAAAUCGAUUCCCUCCGCGCACAGGCGUACAAACGCUCUCCGCGGCGUGGCGGAAGCGAAGGGGACAUGGCGGUGGGGAAUCAUAUUUUGGAGAUGGAGCGGGCUUUGGGGGAGCUCACGCGCAAGCUUGCGGCGACGGAGAGUGCGCUUCAGCGGUCUGAGGCGCAAAACUCAGAACUGUCCGGCAAAGUAGCUGUGCGGGAGGACGAGCUUGGGCGGACAAAAUCCGCACUGCAGCAGGCUGAGCUGGAAAGGGAUUCGCUCGCCGACGAAAUGGAGGCUGCACUUGCGAGCUGGGCGGCAGACAGUCCCCGAAUUUCCCCUUCCAGUGCAGAUCCCUCUGCAGCAGCUGGCGAAAUCCAAAAGCAGGAAGCUGCGAAACUCGCGAAUGCCCUCCAGGCAGCUCAGCGAGAGCUUCAAGUCGUGCAGGCGGAGCGAAAUUCGCUUCUCUUGGCUGUUGGGCAGCCCAGGCGACAGGGGCCGCGACCCUCCACGAGUAACCAGUGCAAUGGCGGGAGUCGCAAUCGCUCGCUCACCCCUCCCCCAAAUCACUCCCGUGCGACUUCUUUCUCCGCGUCUAGUUGUAGCGGGCCCAUGGAACUCCAGCGGAACUUCGGCAUGGAGGCAUCACCGCCUCCUGCGGGACAGCAGAAGGGUCGCCAUGUGCACUUCUCACCCCGCACUGCGGACGGUUUGCGUCAACUGUCACACUUCGCUGAUGCCUCACCCUUCACUUCCCCCUCCCGUCGCCUUCAUUUCCCCCUCCCGUCACCUCCACAUCCCCCUCCCGACGCCUUCACUAAUCCCCUCCUGCCGCUUUUCCCUUUUCCCUCCCGUCGCUCCUCACUUCCCCCUCCCGUCGCUCCUCACUUCCCCCUCCCGUCGCUCCUCACUUCCCCCUCCCGUCGCUCCUCACUUCCCCCUCCCGUCGCCUACACAUCCCCCGCCCGUCGACUGCACUUCCCUCUCCCAUCGCCCGCGCUCCCCCCUCCCAUCGCCCUGCUCAUUGUCCCGUCCCCCUCUGUCUUCGCUGGUGCACUCGCGCCAUCAGUGAGUGUGGGGCAGCAGCAUCACCGGCGCCUCUGCCGCGCUGCUCCUCGCCUUCCCCCGCCUGCUCUCCGCCAACCUCUCCUGGACUGCCCUCUCCCACCACCCGUCCACCCCUCCCUCACCACCCUGCACCUCUCCCACUGCCCCCUCCUUACCAUUGGCUUCCCUCUCCCCUCCUCCUCAUCCUCUCCCUCUGCCUCAUCUCCUCCUCUUCUCACUCCUCCCUCUUCCCUCCUCACCUCCUCGCGUCCUCACUCACAACGACCUCUGCCACUCGCGCGGCGCCACGCUUCCUCCUCCUCCGCACCGCACCAGCCUCCACCGCACUCCACUCCUCCUCCACGCCCUCACACCCCGCCCUGCGGCUAG